UCUAUGCGCUUAUCAUUGAAAUUUAGUUCCAUUUAGUUCCAAAAAUCUGUUUCGUUUGAGAAGGCGCUAUAGUACUUGGGUAACAUAAAAAACUCGGGCAUCGGCUCUUUGAUUCUUUUCCCUUGCAUUGACGUUCGUUUCAACGACGGCGCGCAGAUCGUUUUUAAAUACCAAAUAUACGUUGAAAAACAGGGAUCAAGUUAAUGAUUGUUCGUAAAGACCAAUCUUACAGAACGGAGCAGGCGAAGACGCGGCGUUUCAUCAUUUACAAGUAGAGUUGUGAGGGGCCGGAGGGGGAGAGAAAGAGAGCCGAGAACAACUUCGUGGCGGGUCACUGCGGAAACGUUUGAUAAGUGCGAAUUAAAGGAAUUGGAAUGAAAUGUGCGAGGUAAACGAUGACGGCCAAGGUGGGCAGGCCCCAACACAAGAAGAUGAUGCGUUAGAAAAAAUCUUUUCGGAAUGCGACGGAUCGUCAACCGGCAAAGUCUUAGUUGCAAAGCUCAUGGACUACAUGUUCAAUCAAAUGUCUGCGCACGGAAGCCCGGAAAUUCUGAAUGAUCUUCGUAAAUCGAUGUGCGCUGUAUCUUACAAUGGCGAAGUAACACGACAGCAAUAUUAUGACGUUUCACGAUCAUGGCUGGCGAAAAUACGCAAAGGUCAACAUCAUCACGAAAAUCACCAAGAUGGUAACAAUAAUCUCCGCAUCGAUGAAAGCAGUCGAGCUACGAGUCCACUGACUGGAUAUGCCGACGAUGCAACGGUUUCGUCUGAGCCGGGACCAGACAUCGCACCGACCCUCCAUGAAUUCCUCGAACUCUCCACGAGCACCAUCGUUGAUACGAGCAAGAGAAGCAAGAACGAGGACAGUUUCUUCGGGGAUUUAUCUUCCGUCAGCGGUAAUUACUACUUAACAACGGACGAUCCCAUUUUCGAGACAACACGGGAUCUACAGCUGCGGAUGCAGAGGUGCACAGUAGAGAAUGACCACCUCAAAGAGGAACUGCAACGCUCCGAAGAUACGAUAGCAUUAUUGGAAAGGCAGCUGGGCACGACCCGCAGGAAAUUGGAAAUGGCAAACGAAAAGUGCGUUAGGCUGCAAACGGAAGACGAAGAACAUCACGCCGAACUCUCAAAGACCGAGAGGGACCGUCAAGCUCUACGAGCAAGAAAUCAACAUCUUGAGAGGAAAAAUUUUCUGAUGAGGAGGGAACUCGAUGAUGCUGUUACGGAGACAGAACGGUUGAGGUUUGAACUGGAUAAGUUAAACGACCAGAAAGAAGCGCGUGGUAAGCUGCUUAGUCACUAUAGGGAGGAAUUGCAACAGGUACAGAAAUUGUACGAGGGAGCGAAAGAGCAUAUUUCACAGAUGGACUUAGCUAACUGUCAACUUAAAGAUGAAAACCAAGUUUCUGCGAGGACUAUCGAGCAACUGAAAACUAUCGUGAAAGAGUUGGAGACCCGAGUUUCCGAGCUGCAAACACACCGAGAUGAUAUGUCCCAUAGCGAACCGUCAUCCGCAAGACCAGUCUUUAAAAAUGAGCUAAGCUUCGACUUGGAUACGUCACACUAUUCGGGAAAAAUAAUCCCGCGGUCUCUGUGCGAUGAAAUGAAAGCUUCGGGACUCGAAGGUCCGGACAUCAGUCUGACGAAUAAAAUCGAAACACUGGACGAAAAAAUGGAAGACCAGUGCAUCACCGAAUACUACAGCGUUAUACGCGAAGCUGUGAAACAGCUGGAAAGAGUUCUGGCCAGAGUUCAAGUGGCGUGUAACAAGGUGAAAGCAAAAACGGUACCUGCUCGGAACCCUUCGUUUGUGUUUGGAGAAAUAGAUGCAGAUGGAAACAAGGAGUGUCGUUCUAGCGUCGAGGAGCUGUUGCGAAUGUUAGAAUCCGAAAUACGUCGUACGCUGUCAAUAUUUUCUAUUGUGGUCUCGCACAAGGUCGUCAGUACCAACGCCAGUACGACAGAUCCCGCGACUCGAGUUGAUGUACUCGAACCUGACUCGACGCCAGUUUGCGAUAUUCUUCGAGGCAUUAACACGGGCUUCAUUAACCACGACCUCUCUACAAAUUGGGGAACGGAAAAAAAUCCGCACAAGGAAAAGGAAAAAAGGGUCGCAUCGCUGGCCGAGGUAAAAUCUGGAGAUGCGUCUGCAGCGGCCACCAGCACUCCUCGUUCUUCACCGCUGCCGUGCAGCUCGAGGCGGUCCUCCAGCCUGGAAGUUUGCGAAGAGGCGAUAAUCGACCCCAUCGUCGCUGCCUUAGAUGAGAUCAUUCAAAGUUCCGGCUGCGCCAACGGAGAUCCCGAUCUAGCACACAGCCCUAGAAAAUCCCUGCGGGAGCAUAAAUCCAGGUACGUUCAAACUCCACCAUCGCGUCGAGAGUUUGAAUGUGAUUGCUCGUCAGACUCCUGUGACGUUGAAUCUCCCCCGUCGCUGAUAACCGCUGAUGCUGAGUCAAGACUAUCGAAUGCAACUGUCACGGGCUGGUCUGAAUCGGGAUCCGAGCUGAACCGCAGUUUUUUGGAAACCUGCGCCUGGAGAUGCCAGGGGACAGAAAUUAUGGACGAUUCUUCCGACGAUAAGGAGAGCAGUUUGAGAUACAGCCUGGAUAAAGCACUUGUGACGGUGACGCGGGUGGAUCCAACUUUACAUACGACGGACAGUAGAGACUCGUCACCGUUAACGAUAACUAGGACGGACCCGACUCCCGGAACGUAUCGUACAGAGCCUGCCUUGGCCCCGAUCCAACAUUCAGUGGCCGGUUCUGGGACUUCGAGUUGCGAGGAUAACGGCUGCGACGUUGUGGAAGAUUUAAAUGUUGACUUGGAGAAACUGACUCUGAGAACAACAUCGAGCAUUGAACGACACCCCGUGGAGAAGAAAUCGGCUGGAAAUUUUCAGCCGUAUGACAACGUACCGAAACGAAAAUCAUCGGUAUACCACCAGUUCUUCGAUCCCUGUAAACUUGAUGGAGGUCGAGAUACCUCGGUGAGAAGAUCCACGAAUUCUUUAAGGGUGCGAAAAUACACACGUUCGAAUCAAGGCACGAAAUGCAAUAAAUUACUGUCAAGACCGUCAAGGAAACUUGCUGAGCCGUUGAUCAGCGACUCUGAGACAUUCAAUAAUAACUUCUGCAGGGCAGAAUCGGAAGAUUACCUUGCGAGCCUGUCAGCUGGGUCGGGGCAACUCGACAUGGAUAACGUACGACCUUUUUCUCCCACCCCGAUUGGUCAUCAGGUUUCUACAGAAAAAAACGAUGAAAUUUCGACCAUUUAUAGCAGUGAUGACGGUGGUCGGGUGAAGAGUGCACCAGCAGUGAUGGCACAAACCGAAACAACAUGCAACGUUUCUCCGACGAUACCGCAACGUGGUAGUUUCAUGUUCGACUCUGCACAGUGUAACGGGACUGAUGAUUCACACGCGAGGAUCGAUUUCAUCUCAGGAACGACAGAAUCUUCGGUUGAAUUAUUGUCCUUAAAUAUUUGCGAAACGACCGUAGUGUCGGAGAUUGAGGAUGUUAAUCCGGUGGAGUCGAGAGCGACCCAUCGUACGGUAACGCGGUACACAGAGCCAGACGAAACGGUCAAACCACCGCACGAUGAGGACCUAACUGAACCUUCCGGACCGUCCUACGUUUCCAUCGCAGGUGUGGAUAUUCCGAUGGCAGAAAGUGAUCGAGUUCCGUGGAUAAUCGAACGUCAACAGUCACACAGGGUACUUGAAUCGAUGUUGCCAGGGAAGCCUAGCAAGUCGGAAGCAAGCCUUGAAAGCUGCCGGACCACGUACGCAAUUAUGGGCGCUCGUAGCUUCCAGCUGCAGACACCAACAUUUUGCCCCUCCAACCACGAGAUACUCGGUGACGUUGCUUUAGCCAACGUCGAGCGAGGGCGUAGCAACGAUUGCGAAAUAUCGUCCCGAUCCAGGUCAGUUGAGCGCGCGAUGUCCAGCGAGGAAGAUAGUUCCGAUUCAGAGUGCGCCCGUGACCAGAUUGACUGCGAGGAUAACGUACAGGUGGUCGUACCACCACGACCAUCACCACCAUCAAGAUCGACAUCACCGCCACCUUUGCUAUCGCCAAUUCGACCGCACCAACCGCCACAGACGGAUGCAGCGUCCUCGCACCCUUGCAAUCAAAAUGUCAUUUCCGCAUUUGCUUUCCAAGAGCCACCACCGCCACCAUACAGGGAUAGAACAGAGAAUAGAGUUGCCGAAGAAUCGGUGGAAAAUCGUAAACAUCGACUUAAGAAAACUGAACGACUGCGUCGUUCGCUAUCCGAGGGUGACAAUAGCGCUUGCCGAGAGAGCUUCCGAUGCCGAUGCAGCUGCGGCUGUAGUGCGGCUCAGAGUAGAAUACUUGAUGUCCCUGGUGGAACUGGGGACACUCUUGAAGCCUGUGAACACCAACUGAAUCUGGGGGCAUUUCCUAAUUUACCGGAUGCGCGUCUGAUCGAGCUUGGACUAUCGGAUCCUCCCUAUGGCCAUGAACUUUGCGACCGCAUAAGCGAGGAUGAACUCGAGCGAAAAUAUACGGCGCUUUCGAUUGGAUUGGGGACGGACAGAGCAACGCUGCCGCGGAGGUUGGCACUCAGUUUACGACAAAGAGACCAGGCUGAGCGCAAUCUCGCUACGGAAGUCGGAAGGAUGCAACGUGACAUUCAGGCCCUCGCCCCGCUGUGCGUGGAUCGAGAAUCCGUAGAGCGAGUCGAGCGAGUCAGACACCAGUUGGAGAUGAUUUCGCGAUGUGCCCUAAGAGUAUCUUGCACGGCUGAGCUCCUCGGCGCUACGCAUCAGGAGCGUCGAGUUUCCAGGGCAACUCUUCUUGCCGAUAGGUACCUACAGGCUUUACGGGCCAGGUGUGACAAACUUGCCGCCGAGCUCGCAGAGACAAAGCGCAUCCUGAUUGACAACAACAUUGUUGUUGAGGAGAAUCCGAGUGAACUCGUCGACGACGGUGUCCCCCGGGUCCGGUAUCGCGGGAUACCGCCUGCCAGCCGUACGGCAACGGUGUCUAGGAGAAGGGCCAGCAUCGCAACGAUAUCUCGACCCGCAACGGUCAAUUCCCUGCAAGAGGCAUUAACAAAGGCAACGCCUCAUCAUAUAGCGGCGAAUCCGACUCGUUGCACUCGGUGCCUACCGAUCGAUAAUGCGAGACAGCAGCGUGUCUCUAUAUCCGGUAGAAUGACCUUGAGACGGCCUUCGCUCAGUUACGAUACGCAGAGGUGGGACGAGAAAUUGGAUAGGACAGACAGCAGUUCAAGCAGCGUCGGAGAGCUAAGAGAAAUAUUCGAGCAGGCCGAGUCAAGGCGCGGAUCGAAGGAAGAAAAUAACAAUUUGAUUCGCCGCCAGUUGAACAACUUCAGCGUGGCUGGUUGCGAAAGCGGUGAUUCGGAUACGUUUAUAAGUACCAGAGGGGAUUCAACCAUUUUUCAAACUCAAGUCAGAGAUGAGGAAUUACUAACUGAAAACACAUCACCGCGCCGAAGAGUGCCUCCAGUCUAUGGAAUGUUGAGGGAUCAAGUUUCUCGGCUGCCUGUAUUUUGGUACAUUUUGUUUGUUGCAGUAUUUUUUUUCGGUUUCUACAGUAACCGGUACGUAACCACGAGAUACAUGGCGCCUUUGAAGUGGUGGUCGAUCGAAGAAAUAUUCCAAAGAUACGGCUACUUUCGGCGCAAUCCGCCACCUCCUGUCUGAUCCUACUUUUUUUAUUGUAUUUGUAUAAUACCGACAAUAUGGUUCAGUUUAAUCCGGUUGAUAGACUGGAUUGCAACGUGUCCAUGACGUGCGUUCUUACACACAGAAUUACCGCAAGUGAUUCGAGUUAUGCGGCUUAGCAUAUACUUCUAUAUUAUCUAUAAUAUUAUUUCGUGCAGUAACAUUUAUAUAAAUUACACUAGAUUCGUCAGCAAUAAAGUAUUCUGUCUACAGUA